AUGGAUGUUGGAGCUUUCCGUGCUAAAGUUGACGGACUAUUAAGCCAAUUUUUCUUAGAAUUCUUUGCGAUCUCUUUGAAUCCAUUGGAUAAAGUGCCUUAUUUUAGUAAUCUAACAGGACUUUUCGCCGAAAUGAAUUAUCCCGAGGCCUUUUCAAAUUCGGAUUUCGAAAUUCAGAGGGAUGCGAAAAAGGUUUCUCGCAUACUUUCAUGGCUGUUUCAGUUUGUCGAAACUCUACAGCCCGCUCAGAAUAUUUUCUUUGAACACUUGAAAUCAAUCAAAGCCAGUUACUCAGAAGCGGCAACACUCCGUUCAAAGAUAGCCGCUUUAAAAAUAAGUAACAAAUCAGAUGAUGAAAAACGCAUAGAAUAUCAAGAUCGAAUUGUCGAAUUGAGGGACGCCAUGUCUGAAUUGUAUUCUAAAAAGACCAAAAUGGACGAAGAAGAGGCUGUGGAAUCGAAGAAAUUGCACCAUCUCUUAGAAAUGGAAAAAACGAAUUCGCAAGAGGUGGAUGAUAUGGUGUCUCGUCUCGAAGAGUUAAAAUGCAAGGAGGAAAAUUUGAGAGUUAAAGUGAUUAGCAAUCCAAAUUUGCCUCAAACCAUGCAAGAAUUGCAGGAAAAGGCAAAUGCUCUGGAACUAGAGAUGCAAGAGAGUCGGUCCAAAAUUUAUCAAAUUGACCGUGAUAUUAGCCAGUAUAAACAGUUGCAUGAAGUGAUUGAACGCCAACUUAUUUCUGUCUGCAAGGAGUGUCAUUCGUAUCUUCAGCAAAUUUCUCAAUCAAAGUUCGAUUUCACGAAAUGUGAUGGUGACAUCAUCGAUCAUGCUGCUGAACGAGAGGAGCUAACCAAGAAGCUUGCUGACCUGACAGAUACUUUGCGUCUAUCUGAACACAAGCUAGUGAAAGAGAGGGUUGUAGAUGCUACUCAAACAGCGAACGAUGAACACGUUAAAAAAGAAAAGAAUAACAUACUAGACAAAUAUUGUAAUGUUUGUGAGUCCCUUAAUUCGGAUCUCUCUACAAUGAUGUCACUUUCAGCUACAAGGAAGGCGCAAUGUGAAACGGAAUACAACAAUGGGGAGCGUGUUGAGGCGGAGGGAAGAGUUGAAGAAAUGAGUAAUAUCCUUCAUCGACUCUACCAACAAUAUGUUGAAAGUAUGGAUUGGACGUUUUCGCUUGAUGACCAGUAA